AUGUCUACCGAAUGGAGAGCUUCGGGGUGCGCUCAUGCGUCAAUCUUCGAACUGAGCGAUCUCGAUUCUUCCGAUGGUUGCGCACUACCCGAGCCGGUCUUUCUACGAUUUACCGCGAGUAAAGAAGAAACUAGGGAGUACCGGGCAGAUUUGAGUGUUGCCGAUGUUCCCCCACCUAACUUCUGGGUUCCAAGGAGGGGUACACUUCCGAGGAGCAAUGAAUGUCUGAGCGCGAGUAAUGCUCGUUCCCUCAGGAAAUUGCAGAAUUCUCGCAUGAUUCCUGAUUCGGUGCAGUUUUGCCUUCCAGAAUGGGGUCAAGACGCCGAGACUCCGCCCUCGGGUUACUUUACGUGUUACGAGGCUUUCCUACUCAACUGUCAACUGUGGUUCCCGAUUCCACGAGUCAUUUUUGAGCUCUUGGAUCGGUUCAAACUACCGAUCAGCCAGCUUUGUCCCUCCUCGUUGCAGCACCUUGUCGGGCUUUUGGUGCUGGGUUAUGAACGUGGCAUGUCUCUCAGCACAGACUACCUCGAGGCUAUGCUGCUGUCAAAGCGUGCGCACGGGGGUUGUUUCUACCUGUCUCCGCGGUCAAAUAUGUCGGUUAACGACGGGCUUGCCUCGAACGGGCACGAGUGGAAGGAUUGGUUCUUUUACGUUCGGAUCGAUGGUGCAUCGGUGGAGGAAAGUUGCAACCCUUUGUUCAGGACAGAACGGGCGACAAAAGCGUCUAACCCCCCUGUGCCGUUACUCGGAGAUCUUACGUUGGUUAGGAGUCUUCUUCGCGGCAGUCCGCUUUAUUGGGGACACUUUUCUCCGAAGAGGGUUCUUCGUUCCGUCGCCUAUUACUCUUCUGAUAUCAAUGUUGAGGAUUAUAUCAAUUUCUCGGUUCCCUCGUCUGAGGUUGAUCCGGAAGAGACGCCGACCGAGAUGCCGGCCGAGACGCCGUUUGCGAAGGCGUCGAGGCUUCUCAACAAGGUCCGUUCGGUUAGCGCAAGUGAUGCGGAGAUUCGUAAGGCCGAAUCUAGGGCUAAGGUGGCGGAGACGGAAGCUGCUCGUCUCAAAGAAGAGAUCGAUGCUAACUUUUCUCGUGCCCAGGAAUGGGCUGAAAGCGAAAUUGCCCGUGUGAGGGAGGAAUACGAGGCCGAUUCUCGUCGCGUCAUCGAGCUUUCCGACACGAGAGUUCGUCGCUCCCGUAGAGCAGGAAAGAGAGAAGUUGCCGCAGAGAUGAUGGUUCGUCGUGAACAGUUUGCGCCUCAAAACAUAGAGGUCAAGGAUGCGCAAAGGGCCAAUGGCGAUUACCGCGAAUGCCGUGGUGUAGUUGGCGGUUUACAUCGUACUCAGAACGCGAACUAUUCGUACGAGGUGGAGUUUGCCAAGCAGAAAGCGUGCUUGGCUAAAUGA